AAAACGGGCACCCAAAUCUCCAACCGUCUGGUCUUCUGCUUUUAGACCCCUUCUUUUCUGCAACGCAAACCGACAGCGAACCCCGAUACCGUGCUGCAUCUUACAAUUCAAGACACGUAAUACCAGUGCAUCAACAAGAAUGGGACUGGGACGCCUCUGCUCCUGUUUUGACCGGAAAGGCGACCGCAUAAGCGAUGACGAAGGCGGAGAUGCUGAGACUCCGGUUACGAAAACAAAAUCAAACGAAAAACAAAAGAAACCCAAGAAAUCUCAAAUUCACCCUGCCGACGCCACCACCACCACCUCCGCCGUCGACCGUACAAGCACGCUACACGGCCCACUCUCCCUCGAACCGCACUCCACGCCCAAACCCAGCAAAAAAAAAGAGAAAGCCCAGCAGAAGAAGGAAGAGCCGCAUCCGUUUGGUGGUGGCGGGUCGUUGGAUAGUGUCGCGGCCCCGGGAAAGGGAGAGCAGCCGCCGCCGGUGGAUGUGUUGAAGGGGAUGGUUGUUAGUGAUGAGAAGGAUAUCAGGCCUAAACGGCGGGAGGAGAAUGAUGAUGACUCUGACGAUGCUGACUCGGAUGAUUCGGAUGGAGAUGAUAAAGUGGCUAGCAAAUCGCAGGGCAAAUUGACGAAAACGCAGAAACGCAACCGGAAGCGGAGGGAGAAGAAGAAGGCGGCUGAUGAGGCUAAAGCGACAUUGUUGCAACAACAAAAAGUCGGGAACGAGAAUGGGAAGGGGAACAAGGCGAAGAAAGGGAAGAAAGGCAUCACCCGAUCGUCAAAGUCGAUCGACUCGGAGAACGAGCUGCAUUCGAGAACCGGGUCCACUUCCUCCCUCUCAAGCACAUCCUCCAAUCCCCCCACUCCAAAACCAAAGUCAUCCAAACCCAAACCCACCCCACCGCCCCCCAAACCCCUCCACAUCGAAAAAUCCCCCGGCCCACCCCUCCCCAUGCUCGCCUUCGGCAGCGACACCCGCCCCACAACCAGCGAAAACCCUUCCACGCCGUCAGUAGGUGUCCGCGGCCUCCUCCAGCGCGCCAAACAGCGUCGUCAGCCUGUCUCUGAAGCUGGGGAUGAAGCCGUCGUACCGCAUGUUGGUAAUCAUAUGAUAGUCACGGAUGCGGAUGUGGGCCCGCCGAGGGAUGGGAAUGAUGCGGUUUUUGUGCCGCCGGUGGGAUAUGGGAUGAUCGUGGAUGGGGACGGGGAGGUGGAGGGGGUUGUGGGGCCGAAUGAGCCGGUGAGGAGUGGGACGAAGUGGGGUGGGGGUGGUCGGCCGAAGGUUUUGGUGGAGAGGGUGGAACAUCCGUUUGAGUCGUCGGAUUGAUGUGUGAAGUGUUGAGCACGAUGACGAGGUGCAUCUCGAACAGACAAAUCCGGAGAAGCCAUCCGAUCUUCUGAUUUCUAUUACGAAAGCUGCCGCGCUCCGCUUUCGAGCAAAUGUACAUAU